AUGAUACACAGUUUGUUUAUUAUUAAUUCACAAGGCGAUGUUUUUCUGGAAAAACAUUGGAGGAGUAUAAUUUCAAGAUCAAUAUGUGAUUACUAUUUAGAGGCCCAAAGAGUUAAUCCAAAUGAUAUUGCUCCAGUUAUUGCAACUCCCCAUCAUUAUUUAAUUUCAAUACAAAGGGGUGGUGUAAGUUUUGUUGCAGUUUGUAUGGAAGAGAUUCCUCCUUUAUUUGUUAUUGAAUUUUUACACAGAAUUGUGGACACAUUCCAACUUUUGGACGAAAUGCUUGAUAAUGGUUUUCCUUUGGCUACGGAAAGCAAUAUAUUAAAAGAAUUAAUUAAACCUCCCAAUAUCCUGAGAACUAUAGCAAAUACUGUAACAGGAAAAACCAAUGUCAGUGAGAUUUUACCAACUGGGCAAUUGUCUAACAUUCCAUGGAGAAGAUCUGGUGUUAAAUACACUAAUAAUGAGGCAUAUUUUGAUGUUAUUGAGGAAGUAGAUGCAAUAAUAGACAGAUCAGGGGCUACUGUAUUUGCUGAGAUCCAAGGAUAUAGUUGGAGGCACAAGGGGUUUACGAAAUUCCUUGUAAGAAUUGUGACGGAAGCUACGUGGGACAGACCAAUAAACGUAUUAACGUUCGACGCGAAGAACAUCAUAACGCAGUCUUAA